AUGUUGUGUUUGUUCUCAGAUGGGUUCAAAAUGUAUGUGGUGUCUCGCUGUGACUUUAACUCCACUGAGCCGAAGGACAUCAAGUACAUGAGAUCUUACUAUUACAACAAGAUCGAGGUCACCAGGUUUGACAGUGAUGUGAGGAAGUUUGUUGGAUUCACUGAGUUCGGAGUGAAGAAAGCAGAGACCUGGAACAAUGAUCAGGCAUUCCUGGCUGGAUGGAGAGCUGAGAAGGAGAGGUACUGCCAUACCAACAUUGGUGGCUGGUACAGCAACCCUCUGUCUAAAUCAGUUAAGCCGUACGUCAGACUUCACUCCACAACACCUGCUUACAGUCGGCAUCCUGCCAUGUUGGUCUGCAGCAUCUAUGACUUCUACCCCAAAUACAUCAAAGUGAGCUGGCUGAGAGAUGGACAGGAAGUCACCUCUGAUGUCACUUCCACUGAGGAGAUGGCAGAUGGUGAUUGGUACUACCAGACCCACUCACACCUGGAGUACACACCCAGGUCUGGAGAGAAGAUCUCCUGUAAGGUGGAGCACGCCAGCCUGGAGAAACCUCUAAUCACUGACUGGGACUCGUCCAUGCCUGAGUCAGAGAGGAACAAGCUCGCCAUCGGAGCCUCAGGACUGAUCCUGGGUCUGAUCUUAUCUCUGGCUGGAUUCAUCUACUACAGGAGGAAGGCCCGAGGUCGUAUCCUGGUUCCCACUAACUGAGCCUGGAUCCUGGUCCUGGUUCUGUCUGAUGUUAUAAAAGCUGCUGCUUCCUGUGUUCAGCAGACUGAUGAUGAUGAUGAUCUCUGUCUGGACUCUGAACCUGAUCCAGGAUCUCAGUGUUGUUGGUGGUUGUUGUGGUUUUACUGGGAAGGUUUUGGACCAUGUUUCACGUGGACUCUUGUGUUUGAUGCUUUAUGUGCACCUCUGCUGUUUAAUCCAUGUGAUGUAAUCCCUGUAAUCCAUGUGUCUGAAUGAUUUGGGUGUUUCUGCUCAUCUGAUUAACACCGAUCACAGAUUUGUACUGGAGGUCAUUGUUCCAAAAUAAAUGACUCAAACUUUGA